UGUCCCCUGAAUCACAUACAGUGUAUAGGGACGAGGAAGUGCAUUCACUUCAACAAGCUCUGCAACGGAGCAAUAGAUUGUGAGGAUGGCUUCGAUGAAGGAGUUCACUGUAGAGAGCUGCUGUCAGCCUGCCAUGAGCUGCGUUGCCGCUACGGCUGUGUCAUGACGAGAAACGGCACCUUCUGUUUCUGCGCUGACGGCUUUGAGGUCAGCGAGGAUGGGACAAGCUGCAGAGAUUAUGAUGAAUGUGCUGUGUACGGAGCAUGUAGCCAAACCUGCCUGAACACCUACGGCUCAUAUAGAUGCAGCUGUACAGAGGGAUACAUCUUACAGAAUGACAGAACAUCCUGCACAGCCAAACAAGACCCUGGCGACUCUCCUCCAGCUCUACUGAUUGGAAGGUCAGAUUGCAUAGCAACCACACGAUUAAAUGGAUCUAAUCUACAGACCUUGAAACUGUUGGAUGAAAAUGGAUCCCUUUCAUUGGAUUACAAUUACCAGGAAAAGGAAGUGUGUUGGCUUCUUUCCUCAGACUCCCUCAGACGGCUACGCUGUGCUAAAAUGAAGAAUCUGAAUGGAUUUACAAUGGAAAUGGAUAUCAAAACAGUACAAAGUUUACAAACAACCACAUGCACCCACAGCACUUAG